GAAUGUUAAACGAACAACUUCUACUUGUUGAUUAUUUCUACUUAAAGGGGCAUCAUGUAGUUUUGGAGAAGAAAUUCCAACUCAGACUUUCAAUAUUCACAACUUUAGGAGGCAAUGUUCUAUCACUGAAUAAACCAGCUGUCCACAGAGGAAAAUAAGGUCCACAGAACACUGUUUGAAGCUAGAAAGGUGGCAGGGUCCGCCACACAUAAACAAGUGUGUUGUCCUUUAAGUUCGGUGUCAGGUCGUGUAAACAAAGACAGUUUGUUUAUUCAGGCACAAAAAAAAAUCUGAUUAAAAGUUAUUCACCAAAACCAGAUAGACACUGGUAAACAAAGAUACACCACAUUAUUCACGACUCCAGGUCAGUGAAUGCACCUUUUUAUUUCUGAAUCCUGGCAGGGAUUGUGGUCUGCUUUAUAUAUAUACACACAGCACUAAUCCUCCAAACUGGACUAAGAGUGGUUAAGAGGGACAGGGGCCAGAAUAGCGCGUCUUACCUGUAAAUAGGUUAUCAAUGACAACCCGCGAGUGAAAACAACACUCCUAUUGACUGGGGGAAUCAGCGAUCGGCUCUCUGAUUGGCCGGCUCGCCUGUCACUCAGAGGGGGGUUGGCUGCGCUCGCUGGUUCGCUUGCGACGAUACGCAGGGCGACUAAUCUUCGUCUCUGUCUGCAGCCGCAGCAUCGUGUCGCAGCGAGGAGCCGACGGGAGCAUCUGUUGGAAUACAAGUUCGGUCCUGAGAAGAAACAAAGAAAGAAAGAAAAAAAAAAACCCGAGCCUUCGUCCUGUAUCCCGGCCGCAGAUGGAGUUCCAAUCGCUGUCGUGACUGUUCCCCCGCCGCCUCUCACCCCGCAGGAGACUGCGUUGAAGUUGCAGCAGCAGCAGCAUCCAGCAGCACCGCGGCUCUCUCCUCCGCAGCCAUGGGAACCGUCCUGUCCAUAUCACCGGCCACCAAGAAGGCGUCGAUCAUGGACGCCGAGCUGGCGGGGGACGCCGCGAAGAACGACAAGAGCCUGAAGCGCCACUCGAUGUUCGUGUCCCUCUCCUGGAAGAAGCUGGUGGCCAGCUCGGCCAAGAAGAGCGCCAAGAAAGUCACCCCGAACCUGCUGGCGCCUCCGUCCACCAACCAGGUGGCCCAGCUCAACAGCGAGAACACCCGGAAAACGCACCAGACCGAGGAGAAGAAGCCCAAAGUGCCGAUCCCGGUCCCGGUGCCCACGGUGCCCACGCAGAACAACGAGGCCGCGGUCCAGAACGGGAACGGAAACGGGAGGCUCUCCGCCGUCAAGAAGCAGCCCAGCAGCCUGUCUCUGGUGUCGCCACGGCGGAUCGUCAUCCAGGCUUCCACCGGGGAGCUGCUGCGCUGCCUGGGGGACUUCAUGUGCCGCAGGUGCUUCAAGCUGAAGGAGCUGAACAGCGGGGAUGUGAUCCUCUGGUUCCGCAACAUCGACCGGACUCUGUUGCUCCAGGGCUGGCAGGACCAGGGCUUCAUCACGCCGGCGAACGUGGUGUUCGUGUACCUGCUGUGCGAGGACACGGUGGCGGACAGCAUCGACAGCCCGGCCGAGCUGCAGGGCACCUUUCAGACUUGCCUCUACCUCGCCUACUCCUACAUGGGCAACGAGAUCUCCUACCCGCUCAAGCCCUUCAUGAUCGACGCCAACAAGGACGUGUUCUGGGAGACGUCGCUCCGGAUCAUCGACCGGCUGAGCGCCAAAAUGCUGCAGCUGAACGCGGACCCGCACUUUUUCACGCAGGUCUUCCAGGACCUGAAAAACCAGCGAGACAGCAGCGAGUCCAACCUGGACCGCUGAGAGACAGGACGGGGAUGGGAAAGGGAAAGAAGGAGGGAGUGACGCUGGUGUGUUUUUUCCUCCUUUUUUUAAAAAAAAUUUUAAAAAGACGAAUGUGUUUUUUGGGGCAAAAUCACAUUAAAGAAAGAUGAGAGAAAAAAGGUGGUUUUGAAUGUAAAGAGCGGGGCGAGUGAAGGCAUCACACGCCCCCCCACAUCUGGCUCCUAAUGAUGUUACACAACCAGGUGUUUAGGCUACAGUGUAGGAGAGCUCGUAAAAUGCAUGCCAAUGGUAUAUUGUCCUCUUUUGUCUCGUCCCUUGAGUGAAGCAGGGAUUGACUACAUGGUCCACAUCAGCUCCUGAGUGACACUAUUAGCCUACAAACUACAGAGUGUCAGUAAUCCUCCUUGAAUCUAUUUAUUUUUAGCUUUGUGUUUUUCUUUUGGGAAGGACUGCCAAAAAACACUAAACAAAAAAACAAAAAAAAAACAAUCUUCCUCUUGUGGACAUUUCCCUGAACAUCUUUUAGUGCUACCAUCCAUGAUCAUGCCGCUCGGCUCUGGGUGUAGGUGAGAGGAUGUCGCAGUGAGGACCAGAAAUAGAUUUCUGUGUGAAAAGGAGUUGGAGAGAGGAGGAGCUGUCCGAGGUGCUGACCUGUGCGGCCAUUUCUUCCCACACCACCGCUCCCCCUUGCUACUAUUUUUUUUUUUUUUGAGCCACCUCCUCCCCACAACUAAGAGCCCCCCAGCCCUCAAGCAGUGGCAUCAAGAAGGGAGAAACCAGGAGUCAGCCCAGGGGGACGUAAAAAGCCUCGUCAGAGCAAGAAGGUGCACAAGCGUAUUCUGUUGUGUUUUUGAUCCUCUGCCGGCUUGUGGGCGCUGUAAGCUGCGAGACAUGCAACAGAUACCAGAGGCGUGUUGGGCAGCAGAAAGCUGUAUUUUCAUCCCCCCCCUCCCAUCAAACGUGUAAAAGCUGUGUGUGACUGUCUCCUCUGUGUUUUUUUUUUAAAUCUGUUAUUGCCUGCCAACUGUACGUGUGAAGAUGGUUCAUGCCGACAAUGAGGAUAAAGCGCAGAAAUGUAGAAAUGUAAAGAAAAGGGAGGGUCUCUGUCCUUCCUUUUUUUUUGUUUUUGAAUGUAUAAGAUAAACUGCACUAAAUGGGCCCUUCAGGCGGCCACACGGCGGGAUGUACCGGGGCCCCUCUGCUGUGUACUGAUGCCCGGUACACCGCAGAGGCCGACGCCAGUAAGAGAACUGAACGGAAUGUAUAAAAGUUUUAAAAAGAGAUUUUCUUUUUUAAUGUAAAAUCUCGUACGUGCCAACUAUGUAUUGCUAUACUGGCCUGAAUCUAUAUGGUUUACAUGUACAUAUCCCACAUUUUGAACCCGCUCUUUGUGUUAUUUGCCUGUUUUUUGUUUCUUUUUUUGAAGGCGUUUUGCUUGCGUGUGGUGUAGUUCAAGCACAACAACAAACAAACAAACAAACAAACAACAAAUAAGAGCCUAACUGGUCCAAUGCUUUUGUAAAUGUUGCCAGGUUCACAAAAAAAGGAUUGUAAAUACCGGUGGAUGUGAAGAUCUCAUAAAAAAAAAUUUAAAAAAAAAAAAACGUCAUUGCAGUUUCUAUAAGCUACAAGAAGUGAUUUGGGCAUACGGUGUUCAGUAUUAUGCUCAGUGAUCAUCGUGGUGUUUGUGUUGUGAGUCCAUCGCUUGGAGAAGUUGAAUUUUAAUGCUGCUAUUUUUUUUUUUGCACAGCCGAGAACAAACCCUUGAUGUUUUUUUUGCACAGUGGCAAAACAUUAACGGUCGUGUACCAGUGUUUCCUUUUCGGUCGAGUCUAGGAUGAUCACCCGUGAAUUAUUUUUUUUGUACAGUCCAUUUUAUUUUCCUAUAUGUCCGCUGUUGAUAUUUAGAUGUGUGUGCGUGCCGUCUGUGGCGUGGCGCCGCAGUUGCAUCCACUCUACAUGUUAAUGAAAGGUCAGUGCAGUAAAUUGUUUAUGAUGACCAUGAUGAAAUAAAUCCAAACUUGUGUAGGA